UUUGUGCAAUGGAAAGAUUCUUCAUGGAACCAUCGAUGCCAAAGAAGAAGCUUUAUUUUUAGUUGUUUGAGGACACGAGAAAAAAGACUUGACAAGUAUAAGAUUAAUUAGCUAAUUAGAAACUAAGUUUUAUGAUCAGAUAGCCUACCAGCAGACUCUUAUCCAGCUCAUGUAAUCUCAUAUGAUUUAAUAUAUGACUGGUUUUACAGUGUGUAGUAUAAUGCUGAGCACGUAGAACAAUAACCCCGCUGACCUGCAUGGAAAUAACUAACUACCCCUUAAAAGAGUGACUGUAAGCAGAAAAAAAAACCAGCUAGAUGAGUGUCCAAAGGUGACAAUGACAAGAAUCCAGCACAACACUUCAGACGCGCGCAGUGUUUCUGAGGGGAAUCGUCCGGCUGAAUCAUCAGAGCGUGGAAAAGUGCCAACUCAUGGUCGGCAACGUGAGACAGGUGAUGAGCAGUGAGACGAUCGCACCUGCAACUCGCACACAAACACACACCUUCGCCCUCCUCAUCACCUCCGAGCUGAACGCAGCGUGAUCAUGGGGCGCUACAGCGGGAAAACAUGCCGCCUGAUUUUGAUGCUCGUCAUCACCGUCAUCUUCUUCGUGGCGGAGAUCGUGGCGGGUUACAUGGGCAACUCCAUCGCGCUGGUGUCAGACUCCUUCAACAUGCUUUCGGACAUCUUGUCGCUGUGCGUCGGGCUGACGGCGGCGCGGGUGGCGCGGCGCGCGGGGUCGGGGCGCUUCACGUACGGGAUGGGCCGCGCGGAGGUUGUGGGCGCGCUGGCCAACGCCGUGUUCCUGGCCGCGCUCUGCUUCUCCAUCUCCAUGGAGUCGCUGAAGAGGCUCGCGCAGCCGCAGGCCAUCGACGACCCUCCGCUGGUGCUGAUCGUGGGCUCGCUGGGUCUGGCGGUUAACGUGGUGGGUCUGCUGAUCUUCCAGGACUACAGCUGUCUGUGCGCGAAGCGGCAAAAGGAUGCGUCGGUGCCGCGCAAGGAUGAGGAGGAGGACGCGGCGGAGGAAGAAGCAGGCCUCCAGGACGAGAAGGCUGAGAAAGAAGGUCCUCCGCUGAACAUCAGAGGCGUUCUGCUCCAUGUGUUGAAUGACGCUCUGGGUUCGGUGGUGGUGGUGGUGGCGUCGGCUCUGUUUUACGUGUGGCCGCUGGCCCCCGAGAGCCCGUGUAACUGGCAGUGUUACGUGGACCCCAGUCUGACGCUCGUCAUGGUGGCCAUCAUCAUGUCAUCUGCCGUCCCGCUGGUCAAAGAAACAGCCGGAAUCCUGCUGCAGAUGAGUCCCGUCGACCUGCCGCUGAGCGCCGUCCUGGAGAGCGUCUGUAAAGUCCCCGGCGUGUUGAGCGUGCACGAGGCUCACGUAUGGGAACUGGCUAAAGGACGGAACGUGGCGUCGUUGCAUGUCAGAGUGUCUCCUGACCUGCACGAUCAGUGUUGGGCGGCGGGAACAUCCGGUCUUCAUGCACAGAUCCUGCAGGUGUUCCACCGGGCCGGGGUUCACAGCGUCACGGUUCAGCUGGAGCGCGGCGAGGGCGAGCAGGACGCCGGCCGCUGCAGCGCCCCCUGUGUGUCUCCCGCCUGCAUGAAGCUCUCCUGUUGUCCUGGUGGCGCGUCCUCAGUGUCUGUGUGUAAUGGAAACCCCUCCUCGCCCUCCGGGGACGUGGCUGUUGACAUGCUGCACGGUGGAACCGCCCUGCUGAGAGAGAAAGACAGCCAGAACGAACCAGAAAAAUACAAAGAAAGCACCAAGUUUUAAAGCUGUAGGGCUGUUUCUGCAGAAGCGCAGCAGAUUUUUGUCCUGGACUAAAAACCCAAAGUCUUUUAGUCUGAGUCCGAAUCCCAGCUGGUUCUGAGAAACAGUCCCGUGAUAUUCUGUCGAACAUAAAAGACCGUGUUAAUUCCUCCGCACGUCUGUGCCUCGCUGCCCUUUAAGGCCUUCUUUAAGACUCCUGAUGAUUUGUGGUGAUUUUUCUUGGUUUGAGACGUGAAACACAACAUGCUGUUCAACACAGUGCCUGACAGAAACUUCUGCUGCAUCAUCAACUCAAUUAAUCAGCUGCUUAUUUAUUGUUUUGCACAAAUUCAACGGGGUGAAUGAGUGAAUCUCAUUCGACACGUCCAGCUCAUAUUUCAGCCCAAAAUAAAAAGGUUUGUUUUGCUUAACGACAAUCAAGCCAAAUUCUCAUGACUGUAAAAUGGAAAAUGUUAAUAAAUUGUGAAGUAUAUAUAGUGAUAGUAUUUGCCUUAGUGCCUCUAAUGCUUAUUUAAAUGAAACAAAUAAUCAUUUGUAUUUCGGUAAAAUUGAAUUAUUAUAAAUCUAGACACAUUGCAGUUCAAUUUCCAGGAAAAUGUGCUUCGUUGUCAUAAUGCAACAAAUAUCCUUAUAUAUAAUUUUUGUUUGUUUGUUUCAUUUCUGUUGAUUUUGGGGUGAAGUUAGACCUGGACAUGGUUUCAUGAGAUUCACAACAAUAUUAGCAUAUUCCUUAUUAUUUAUAGUUUCUUUUGCUCUUAAUAAUCUUCAUACCUGUUUGGUAAUUCAGGGAAACAAAUAGAAUUAAUUGAUUUUCAGUUCAUAGUGUUUUGUGUGUGUGUGUGUGUGUGUGUGUGUGUGAGAGAGAGAGAGAGAGAGAGAGAGACGAUCAAAUGUACUUAAACGAUAUACUGGUUAAAUUAAGAUUUAGCCUUUAUAAUUAAACAGAUUUAAAUGGA